UUUACGGGGACUAAAACUUAAUCUUGAUAAAUCAAAAUUUGGAUACUCCGAAAUAUGCUACUUAGGUUAUGAAGUGUCCCAAUCAGGAAUCAGACCGAAUGGUUCACAUAUUAAAAGUAUACGUAACUUUCCAAUACCUACUAAUCAGAAACAACUACAAUCUUGUAUAGGGCUGUUUUCAUAUUUUCGCCGUUUUGUGCCGUCCUUUUCCCAAAUAGCUAAGCCACUUCAAAACCUUCUUAAGCGAAGCUCCGAUUUUAAUUUUGACGAAAAUUGUCUCAAUGCAUUUAACGAACUGAAAGCUCGACUGUCUAAUAGUCCAGUUCUAGCAAUAUAUAACCGUGAUAGAGAGACAGAAUUACAUUGCGACGCAAGCGCAAUAGGGUUUGGGGCUGUCUUACUACAGCGGCAAGAUGACAACAAAUUUCAUCCUAUCUCGUAUUUUUCGAAAACUGCAUCAAGUGCCGAAUCCAGGUACCAUAGUUUCGAGCUCGAAACAUUAGCAAUUAUUUACGCUUUAAGAAGAUUUAGAACCUAUUUGGAAGGUAUGUCGUUCAAGAUAAUAACGGACUGCAACUCAUUGGCUAUGACUCUUGAAAAAAAAACAGUUGAAUCCGAGAAUUGCUAGGUGAGCACUCGAACUCGAGAACUACAAUUAUAGAAUACAACAUAGGAAAGGAGUUUCGAUGGGGCAUGUUGAUGCCUUAAGUAGGGCACAGAUCGCGUUAAUUAUAGAUACCGAUGAGGUGGAGUUUCAGAUUCAAAUAGCCCAGGAGAGGGAUGAUACUAUUAGCUCUUUGAGGAGUCGUCUCACUGAUGAAGCUGUCGAGGGUUUUGAUUUAAUAGAUGGCCUUGUAUAUAAGAUAAAACCUGUUGGAAAGAAAAGGUUGUAUGUGCCUACCGAGAUGGAGGCAAACGUAAUACGAGUGAUACAUGAAAAAAUGGGUCAUCAAUCCGUUGAUAAGACAAUUAGUAAACUAGCCAUGUAUUACUGGUUUCCCAAUAUGAGAACAAAGGUGGAAGUAUUCAUCAGAAAUUGCUUGAAAUGUUUAAUGUAUGCUAGCCCACCUCGAGCUAAAGACAGGAAUUUACACGUAAUACCAAAAGUUCCACUGCCAUUUCAUACGCUUCAUAUUGACCACUUCGGCCCAUUGCCAUCCAUAUAUUCAAAGCGGAAGCACAUAUUAGUUGUAGUUGAUGCCUUUACCAAGUUUGUAAAGUUGUACCCAACUAAUUCCACUAGUACGCGAGAAGUUACUGCCGCCCUUGAGAAAUAUUUUUAUUACUAUAGCCGACCUAGACGAAUUAUUAGUGACCGAGGAACAUGUUUCACCUCCCUAGAAUUUAGCGAUUUUAUUUCCAAGCGGAAUAUAGAUCAUGUAAAGGUUGCCGUAGCUUCACCGCAAGCCAAUGGGCAAGUUGAACGUGUAAACAGAAUUCUUAAAACGAUGUUAGGGAAGGUGACGGACCCUGUAAACCAUGCCGACUGGUGUAAGAAGUUGUCGGAAGUUGAAUACGCUGUGAAUAAUUCCGUGCAUAGCACCUGUCGCGAUACGCCUAGCCAGCUCUUAUUCGGGGUGGAGCAAAGGGGAACUAUUAUCGACGAAUUCACAGAAUAUUUCCAAGACAAGUUAUACCCUGAUGCAGGGCGAGACCUAGUUUUUAUACGUGAAAAUGCCUCCAAGGCAAUUGAAGCUAGACAGGACUAUGAUUCAAAACGAUCGUCUGCAGCCAGCGUAAAAUGUAAAAGAUACGAAGUAGGAGACUAUGUGCUCAUAAGGAAUGUUGAUACGACUGUGGGUGUUAACAAAAAAUUUAUACCCCAAUAUAAAGGACCGUACGUAGUACACAAGGUAUUAGGCAAUGACCGCUACGUUAUUCGUGACAUUGAUAAUUGUCAGCUAACCCAGCUUCCAUACGAUGGGGUCAUUGAAGCUCACCGCAUUCGGAAGUGGGUGAGUAAACCAGAUGAUGGCGGCAUUGGUGGAGAGGAUGCAGGGCAUGACCCCUUGGCAUGAAUUAGCUUUAAGUAAUUUGGGCACAUGAUCGAGGGCGAUCCAUUGCCAGGAUUGGCCGAGCUGUAAACACUGUAUAAGAGUAUAUUAAGUAUUGCUGAGUGUAAACUAGCUAUAAGCAUAUCAAUGUAUCUAUUUCGAUAAGUUGAAUAAAUACAACUCUGGGGAGGCCAUGAAAUGAAUG